AUGGUAAGCACAGAUGAAAUCAGAGCUACUGUGAUUGACCAUGUUCUUGUCCAUGGUAUGACAAUGAAGAAGGCCGGACAAAGGGUACAACCAAACAUCAGUAGAUUCACCGUUCUGACUGUUUGUAGGCCUAUUCCAUGGAUAUAUUUUUGUAAGUGCAUGUUCUCUUUUUGUAGAAUUGAAAGACUGCCACAUGGGGGUGGUAGGACAUCUAUGUUCUCCCCACACCAAGAGACCCUAAUUGUCGACAUGGUCUGUGAGAACAACACCAUUAAACUGCGUGAAAUUCAGCUGAGGAUCAUUGAGGACAAUGUGCAUUUUGAAAGUAUCGACAGUGUCAGCCUCUCUACUCCUGUCCUCAAGCGCAACAGACCGUGCAUGAAACAGCUGUACAAAGUGCCCUUUGAACGCAACUCUGAUAGAGUCGAAGAGCAAAGAUUCCAGUAUAUACAGAGAGUUUUUGAACUGGACGCAAUGGAAAAACUCCAUGAAUGCAUCUACAUGGAUGAAGCUGGGUUUAAUCUUACCAAAAGAAGAAGGAGAGGCCGUAGUGUGAUUGGCCAACGUGCCAUUGUUGGUGUCCCUGGGCAGCGUGGUGGGAAUGUCACAUUGUGUGCUGCCAUCAGCAAUCAUGGUGUUGUCCACCAUCAUGCCAACUUAGGGCCCUUCAACACUCACCAGCUCUUCAUCUUCCUCAAUCACAUGUGA